AUUAGCUUCUGGAAUCUCAUGCACUUGAUUCGUUAGCUCCCAGGAAAGAAUUGACAGCAGGAAAGAUAAAAUAAAAACAACAACAGAGAAUAUAGAGAAACACAGAGGAGGAUUAAUAGAAAGAUGAAGAAGCUGAACAUCCCGCCGCCUACUGUUUGAUGCAGCUUCACUGUGGGCAUGCGGUUUCUUGUGCCGAGCGUUUCUGCACUCUCUGGCUGACUGCUGCGAGGUCUGCGCUCAUGAAGCUGAUUGCUACUUUAUUUAUCUCCUCACAGUAACAUGAGCAAACUUUAAUUUAUCACACUCAAAGAGGACCUUGCUGACACACUGACCUUUGGACUCAAGAACUGGAUCUGUUUAACCCUGGUAAAGAACAGAGGCAACCAAUGUGGGGCUCAGGCUGCCUUGCAGUAGACUGAGUGCCUGCUGUGUUGCAGUCCGGGGUUCUGCUGUGCUCCUCCUCUGGCAACAGCUGGCUGAGCGUGUCAAGAUCUGAAGAAGGAGAAGCUUCUCAUGUGGAUGAAGGGAACGGAAGAGACACAGCGCAGGAUGCAAAGUGAUGGUUAUGGUGUUGAGACGUCUUUUUUUGUCUCACAUUGAGUUUUGAGAGCCAGAGAGGUUGGAGUCACGCCAGCAGCUGAUCGAGGGAGAGAGGAACUGAGCAAGAAGAUAACGUGGGAACAAGAAGUUGACAGUGGACGUGUACAGGAUGAUCUUGGGAAGUGUAAACCGCCCGGGGCCGGUCCCUGCCUUCCUCAGGAGCCCCUCUGUCCUCCCGACCCCGCUGGACAUGAAGCACUUCCUCCAGUUCCCCAUGGAGUCGCCUCACCCAGCCAGCAUCGGCCUAUUCCACAACUUUAAUACAAUGGACCCCGUCCAGAAAGCUGUGAUGACGCACACCUUUGGGCCACCUAUGGUGAAGACAAAGCGGCCGAUCAUCUCCUGCAAUGUCUGUCAAAUACGCUUCAACUCAGAGAGCCAGGCAGAGGCCCACUACAAAGGGAACCGCCAUGCUCGGAGGAUAAAGGGGAUUGAAACAUCCAAAACAGCUCGUCUCCAAGAUGGCGACAAGCAGCACCCUCCCCCUGCUUCGCCCUCCCCACCAGGCCUGUCGCCAUCUAGCCCUGAGCCUGAUCAUAAUAAGCAGGAUGACAUCCUAUCCUGUCCCAACUUUCACAAGUCACCUUUGACACCUAUCCGCCUUCCAACACCCACACUGAGCACAGAGGCAGAGUGUCCCCUCUUGCCUUCUGUCAGCACAGCUUUACCCUCCUCUCCCUCCCCCACCGCGUUCCUCAGUACCCCCCCUGCAGACCAAGCAGCGGCUGGUCUUCCCGACACCCCGUCUCCAGCGCCCAGCCCUUCUUCUGGAGAAUCAGAGGAAGAGAAAGCCAAGAAGCUUCUCUACUGUUCCCUGUGCAAAGUAGCAGUUAAUUCCCUCUCACAACUGGAGGCACAUAACAAAGGUACCAAACACAAAACCAUUCUGGAGGCUCGCAGUGGACUGGGGCCUAUUAAAGCAUACCCACGUCUGGGGCCUAAACCCAGCCAAGAGCAGGGAGGGGAGCUGUCUUCUGACCCCAACACUCAGGAACGCACCUUCCACUGUGAGAUUUGCAAUGUCAGAGUCAACUCAGAACUGCAGCUCAAACAACAUAUAUCUAGUCGAAGGCAUAGGGAUGGAAUUGCAGGGAAACCCAAUCCACUUCUCAGUCGGCACAAGAAGCGCACAGACUUUAUGGAACUUCCAAAAUCAAUGGGGGCUGGACUUUUACCAAAUCCCCUGGCUAUGGUUGCAGCGAUGGCAGCAGCAGCCUCCUCCAAUCAGCUGGCACUACGUUCCCCUUGUCCAACCUCCCAUCAUCACCCCCACCACCACCUCUUACAGGGAACCCCCCUUAGCCUGCUGAGACCCGCCCCUGGCCCCAUCCGCACCACGCAUGGGCCAAUCCUCUUCACUCCUUACUGACGGUGAGAGAACGGGGUAGAAUGAGGAAGAAGCACACUGUGAAGUGGAGACCUGCAACCCUGUGCCAUCAAGAGCCAAUCAGCUGCUGUGGCUGCAGCUGCUGUUUCAUUAAAGUAAAAACAGCGGACAUAAAUAUGACUCUUAAUGUUGCAUUCGGUGGUUGCAGACUGCCGCUGUUAUGUUAACAGGGAGAACCAGAGACAUGAUAAACAGCGUGUAUGUUUCGAUCAUCCCAGGUUCCUUCAUCAAUCCACUAUCUGCAACUAAAUAAUUAUCUUCAUCAAACAUAUGAUUCACCGUAUCCGUCUCAAAACCCUACCUCUCAUACGUUUUUCACUUUGACCUUUGCAAGGGUUCAUUACAUAUCCAAAGCAUCAUUGUUAUCAAAAACAUGUCGCUGGGUUAGAUAUAGUCAUUGCGUCUGAUGUUAGCUGGUCUCAUAAAGUAGCUGUCACAGUAUAGUGGAAUAUACCACUGUAGAGUUCUGUUUUUGUGGCCUUUUAAGACAAAAAGGUACAAAUAAUUUCCGUGUUUGUACUGCAAUUACUGGUAAACCUUUCUCUGUACUGUAUGUCUACAUUUACAGCUGUCCCAGGUGUUAUAUACUUAUGAAGGACAGAAACAGGAAGUAGAAGAGAAACAGAAAAAGGGUAGAUUUACAUGUCUUAAACCUGUACUGAUGUGUAUGUCAACCCCAUUUACAGUUUGGGAAAUGUAGUUGUAGUAAAAAUGUGCAAUAUGCAGCUAUCAGAGUCAAUGUGAAAUGCAGUAAGUUCAGAGAAACAGACACUUUCUUUUGUGAAGGCAACAACGCAAUAGUCUCCAGAUGAUUCUCCAUAUUCUCCCCAAAUGGCCACUGACAACCAUGUGCAAAAAGUCCCACAAAGCACAUAAGUGGUGAAAGUUUUCAUUAUAAACAGCUGAAAUUCACACAAAAUGACAGUAUGUUUUUUUCAUCUGCACCACACUACACAUCACAGAAAGGUUUUAGUGUCUCAAUUAAUUGUUUCAACACUGUGAGCAAAGCAGGAACAUGGUUGAUGAAUAACUUUAGUAGCAUGUCUUUGCAAUACAUGCACAUUUAAUUAUAACAUUUUCACCAUAAUUCCAUUCGAGGCGUGUGGAAAACAGGGUGAUGAAGGACACCAGAUAUAUGUUACAGAAGGAAAAAGGCCACAAACACAGCAGAGUAGUUGUAUGCAAAAACAACACAACAUUUGGGGUAGUAUUAUAGGCUUGUAGUGGGUUAAAAAUGUUUUUCUGCUCUGCCUUGUGCGUUCCGACCCUACAUGAGCCCGAUCUAUCCCUGUGAAACUGUCAUGAUGGCUUGUGAAACAUUGAGGGACGUUUUAGGAAACUGUAGCAAUACUUUAAGCACUCCUGCUAACUUUCUCUGUUAACUGCAAUAAAAAGGCAACUGUCUGCAAAUGUCUGAAUUGUUAUUUAGGAGAAGUGUAUUAAAACAUUACUGUAACUGUAGAUUAUUAAAAAAAAUAUAUGAAAAAGGUACAUGUUGGGGCUUCCUAAAUGUUAACUUGUUGUUAACAAAACAAAGUUCUAUAUAAAAUCAUUAAACUGAGUUUACCAUUGUAAAACA